AUGGCAGCUGAAACCCAUCAUGGUAGCGAAGCCGUCGUGAGACUUUCCAGAUUCGCAAUAUUUGCCUGUUGCUACAUCGAAAAUGGCUAUGUGCCGAUCGCACCUUUCUUGGUUUCCAGGGCUGAGGUGGGCGUUCUCCUGUCGGCGCAAUACUUCGGCGGCUUCUUUGUGCUGGUGCCAACCGGCUUGGCGAUCGACAGCUGCGGGCCUCUGCCCAUUCUGCGAAGGGCGCUCCUGGCAUCGAUGGCUGGAGUGCUCCUGGGGGCAGCCUGCCCGAGCUUCUGGUGCCAGCUCGUCUCGCGUGCAACGCUUGGCGGCGCUUUCUCUGGCUUCUUCAAUGCGUGCAUGGCCCUCAUUAUGGAGCGAUUCAGCGAGCCAUCACGGUCGCGGCACCUGGGCUCCGCGGUGGGCUUGGGCACCCUUGGAAACAUGAUCGGACCACCAGCGAUGGGAGCAGUCUACGACCUGGCGGCUGAAGGACAGCAGCGGUUUUGGGCUUUGGUGCAUCCGCUGCUUCUUCUGGCACUGGCCUUCUGGAUGCUUAGUGCAGUCCCUCCGCUGUCUCAAUCGACUCAGCCACUCCUUCAGGAUUCCGAUAGGCAUGGCAAGGUGAAGUCAGCAGGAACGCCCAGUGCUUUCUUUUCGAAGGCUCUUGGAGUUUAUGUCUCGGUGGGGCUGCGAGCAUGGAUUCUGGCCUUGGAGCUAGCUUGUCUCUUCGGCUGUUCCAGUGCUGCCAUCACUGCCAGCGCACUUGAGAUGCAUCGAAGAGCCUUUUCGCCAACUGCAAUCGGACUUACUGCGAUCCCUGCGGGAUUAAUGCAAUCCCUGUUCUCCCAAUGGUCUGGACGCUUUGCAAGCUCGGCCAAGAAUCGCGAGGCGGUGCUGCUAUCCUGCCCUGCGAUACUGUGUCUUAUGGCACUGUGCAUUGCCGCCAUAGGUUUUGUGGACGGCAACAGCCUGCUGCCCAUUCUUCUCAUUCUGAUGACUUGCAGCGCAGUCAAUGGAGCAGCAGACCCCACAUCCAUGUCGAUGAUGGCAGACCUAGCCAAAGGUGAGUCGCUCGGCUAUGGCCAAGCAGUCACAGCAUCUGAAAUGGCCGUCGCCCUGGGUCUUGGAACGGGCCCAUGCUUAGCCCAUGUAAUGCGCGACAAGGAGUUUUCUCUCCUUUGUCUCUUGAUUUCCCUAGUUGCAUUCUGUGCUUUUGUGUGCUCCUUCCGGGUCUUGCGCAACAUUCCUCACAACUGUGCAGAAGAUGGCGAAGUGGGCGAAGCCAAUGGGACGCAGCACUGA